AUGGUAGAACUGACUCUGCAAUCGCCCAAAGAAUACGAAUACCGUACCAAGUUGACGCCUCACUUCGAACUACCACGUCAAUUGAAGAACCAGAAGGCUGCCCCAGUACAAGAAGAAGAGUCUGCUCAAGAUUAUCAUUCCGGUCCUGGUGGACUGGCCAUCGGAUUGGCUGAAAAAGGCCAUCGACGGGUGAUUGACAUCGAGGAAUGUCCCUGA